UUAAUCAUUUAUUUUUGUUACAGUAAAACAUCUCUAAAUAAGUGAGAAAUACGUUUAUUUUUCUUUAAUGGCUAAAUAUACCCCUGGUAAAGAUAGAAUUGGAUUUUUAUCCCCAUUUCACUUAUCUUUCGAUGAAAGUGAUGAUGAGGAGAGGUGUGGACAUAACCAAACAGCAGUUCAUCAAAAGCCAUUAAAAGGUUGUUUGAUAUUUGUGGAUGUGCGUGCAGAGAAUGAAAAUCGUUCUAAAGCAAUAUCAAGAGAAUUAGAGAGAUUGGGUGCAACUAUCGCUGAAAAGAUAACUGAGAAUGUCUCACAUGUUGUAUUUAAAGAUGGGCGAAAGAGUACACUUACUCAGCUGAAAAAAUAUCCCGGGAUACAUUUUGUAUCUGUUCUGUGGGUAGACUCAUGUAAAACAACAUUAAGUAGAGUCACAGAGAGUUUAUUUCCUGCAAAAUUACCAAAUGCAGUUGAUUCUCCAUUACCUAUUGCACGACCCAAAAGAGUCAAGUCAUUGCAACCAAAAACAUUCGAGGAAGAUGUGAAUAACAGUGGAAAAAAAGAAGAGAGAAAACGAAGGCGUCUAAGAAAACUAAAUAGGGACAUGGACACUCCUCAUGAUCAUAUUAUAUGUUUGGACAGCCAAGAAUAUAUUAGAAGCUCUGAUUUAUACAAGUUAGUUGCCACUCCAAGAGCUGUCCCUGACACUCCUUGGAUUUUGAAUUACAUAAAUGGUUUAGAAAAUGAUGAAAGUCCUUCACAGCUGGGUUCUUCUAUGAUAAAUAAAAAUUCAGAUAUGGAAAGUUUAUCCGAAGAUGUGCAAUGCAAACUAAACUUUGAAGCUGAAAAAGAAUCAGGAGAACAGACGCACUCCUAUGUUAUUCCAGUUGGUUCUUCUCCCACGGAGCUUAAAAAAAACUCCCCUUCACCUUCCCUAAAACCAACCAAGGUGUCAUUUGCGAAAAGGACUUCGAUAUGCCGAAGAAGAUCGUCACGUUUAAGUCUUAGCCCUUUAAAGAAGAAGAAAGAUGAAGAUAAAAUUAUUGCAGAUGAACAUAUUGAUUAUCAUAGUUGUGAACAGAAGUACUUAGACAUUGACGACCAUAAUGAAUGCAACAAAAACCUAAAUAUUUCAAAUUCCUCAACAAGUAAUGUGACUUUAGAACACGAAAUACCAAUGGCUGAAAUAGAUAGCACAAAAGUAACGAAAAUGGUCACUAUGAACUCAACCUGGGUUCCAAAGAAGAAAAAGAGGUUAAUGUCAAAAACAAAGUUUAAUGUUCCGCAAGAAAAAUUAAUCAGCCCAGUUGUUAAAACGGAGCCUAAAAAGAGUGGUAAGACACAAAAAGAAAAUGUAAGCGUGCAAAACAACAAACGAAUUCCUAAAACAGCAGGGCAGUUAUGUGAUGCUUACAUGGCUAUCCACGCUGUUCAAAACAGCAAAAAGUCGAUACACAUUUCUGUAGCGAAGCACCACCGUGAUGGAGUCGAAGAUGAAGAGAAUUAUACCAGCAGCUCAUCUAUCCAUCAUUCAGAUAACACAGAAAGAACGAAGAUUAAAUUUACAUCAGAAAUGAAUAAUACCAAAAAUAGUGUUAACGUACUUCCUAUUUUAAGUUUUUCGAAACAAAAUAAGUCACAAGAAGUUGUGUCUAGAGUUGAUGUCACCACGCCCUUUCAACCUCAUCAAUUUUCAGGUUGUAAUACACUUGAGCAAAACCCAUUCACUUCACUUACUGAUAACAUCAACGGUGCCAAAAAGAGCGACAACAUCAUAGGAAAAUUUCAGUUUAAUGGCAAACAGAAGGAUAACGUAGUGCAUAGUAGCCGAGUAGAAGACAUGCGACAGUCAGGUAGACUGUCGUUAUCGAGACGGUCGUCAGGUGUCGACUUUAAAGUUUUAAAAUCGUACCGUAAAGCAGCAUCUACUUCAGUGUUCGAAGAAAAAUCAACAACAUAUCCUGUUUUAGGUAAAAGUCCUCCCAAGGUAAAUGAAGACGUAAGUGUAAACACACCAUGCCAGGUUGGCCUGGAUGAAGCAGAUUCUAUAGAUGGUAACGUCAGCUUUGUACAUGAUGAAAAUGAAGGUUUGAUUUGCUUGUCUCAGCAGACUGUUGAAGAUGAUGACAGUGACGAAGAGAAUAGUGAAAGUUUGUUAACACUAGACCAUGUUGAGAAUAAUCAAGCAAUGAUACAUGCUGGAGUAGAUACAAUGAAUGACGACUCUGGAAUUUCAGACAGUGAAGAAAUAGAGAAAACGUGUAAGGAUCAAAGCUCAAUGGAUAUUAGUGCUAUGGAUGUGGCUUCUCAAGAAACAAUCAAGACUUCGACUUCAUGCGAUGCUGAGUCAAAGGUCAAACACAAAGACGGUAAAAGAAAAGAAAAGCAGGCAGCACCUAAAAAUAAAUGCAAAAAGAAAGUGACAAAGCAAAUGUUGAAUAGAACAGCUGCUGAUAGAACACUCGUAUCGAAAACCGCCAAACCAAAAUUCUCUAUAGUUACAACCAGCCUUCAUUAUAGCGAACAAGAGUACACUAAAGCUAUGGUGAAGCAACUUGGUGGUUUUCUUCUCCGUACUAACGUCUCACACGACACAAGCCAUGUGAUCGCCGGUGAGAAAAGAAGAACAUUGAAUGUUUUACAUGGUAUAAUAAAAGGGUGCUGGAUCGUUAGCCCUAAAUGGAUUGCAGACUCUGCCGAGAAAGGCGAGUGGUUAGAUGAAGAAGAUUACGAAAUGCGAGAAGAAUUCCCCAUUGCUCGUGUGGCGCGUAUUGUUCGUUUACGAGAUGGAAAAUGCAAACAUUCCUCAUUGUUUGAAAGACUGGAACCUAUUUAUUUAGCAGAUGUAACAAGUCCUUCUCACGAGGAUAUGAUGAAGUUUAUAAUGUCAUGUGGAGGAAAGCUGACAACCUCAAUUCGUAAAGCCGGUCUCGGCGUCGGCUUAAUUAGUUGUCGCAGAAAAGACUUGCGUAUCGUGACAGAGAAAUGGGUAUUAGAUUCGAUAACAAAUGGACGUUUGAUGCCAUUGGAAUCGUAUCGUGUAAAGUUAAAGAAUAGAGACACUAGCCCAGAUUAUUAGUUUUUUAUUUUAUUUACGAAUAUUAAAUGAAAUUGUAUUUGGUACCCUGAGUGGUUUCUGAUUGCUUCGGUUUUUGACAAAAUUGGGCACAGAAAGCGUAAAAGUGUACCGAACUGAUGUUGACAUGUUUUUUCACUCUCAAUACUAUUUUAGGAUAAAAUUGGCUCAAACUCGUCUCUUUUGACGAAAAUUUGAUACAAAAAGUGUCCUGUUAGUGACAUUAAAAAUUUUGUGACUGCAAUUGAACCCACUUACUAUUAUUCAAAACAUCUUUCUUUUCUCCUCUCGAAUGAUCGCAUUGAUUGUUUUGUAAAAUUUAACACAGAAAUGCUGUAAAUGUUAAUUGGAGGCAUUGUUUUGAAUUAAUUAUUAAGCCUAACAUAAUGCCAUUAUUUGCAUCCUCUUCGAACUCGGUCCGUUCGUUUUGACAAAAGUAUAAUAAAGCACACAGCAAUUAAUGACGCCUCUUGUAUCAAACUUCAUAAACAAUUGUAUUUAUUUCAAUUUACCAGAUAAUAUUUAUUAUCUAAAUAUUUACAACACAAACGUGUCUUCCACGUU